UGGUCCUUACCUUUGUCUGUGGUAAUACGCACUGCGAGAGUCUGCGUGACGCCAUAAAAAAAGAAUUGCUACUGUUAUUUUAUUUUUAUUUACAUGUAUACGUUAAAUAGAAACGCAUUAAUAAACUUGUUAAUUAUUAAGUCUAACUUUAUGUCGUGGUCUAUUUUAAUGAAUUCAAUAUUAACUGUGCAUUCCAAAUGUCGUGUAGGAUUUUAUCCUAGGAGUAAUUUAAAAAGAUUUCCUGUUCCAGAUGACAAAGUCGACUGGUCUACCGAGUAUAAACAAUAUAAUCCUCCUAAUUACACAUUUCCAGGCUUACAUGGAAAACCAUAUGCAGAUCCAGAAAUCGGUGAUCCUAACUUUGAACCUUUAUGGAAUAGCAUUGAUGGCAAUAUAAGUAGAGUGAGUUACAAUGGACCAUAUCAAAUUGUCAAUGGUUUCCCUUUAAACCCUCUGGGACGUACUGGUAUCUGUGGUCGAGGUGUUUUAGGACGAUGGGGUCCUAAUCAUGCUGCAGACCCAAUUAUAAGUCGUUGGAAAAGACUUGACAAUGGAAAUAUGGCUGUGGGUGUAAAUAAUAAACCUAUAUUACAAUUUAUAGCUAUAAAACGGGGUGACACUGGAGAGUGGGCUAUACCAGGUGGUAUGGUGGAUCCUGGUGAAAAAGUUAGUGAGACUGCUAUAAGAGAAUUUAAAGAAGAAGCUCUUAAUUCAUUAAGCCUGGCAGAUAAGAUACAAUGGGAGAAAGAAAUAGAUGAAUUCUUUAGUGAAGGUGAAGUAAUAUAUCAAGGUUAUGUGGAUGACUGUAGGAAUACUGACAAUUCUUGGAUUGAGACCAUAGCAUACAACUUCCAUGAUGAGAGUGGUUUAACUGUUGGUUUAUUAAAACUUCAUGCGGGAGAUGAUGCUGUAGGGGUACGUUGGGUUGACAUUACUCCUGACUUAAAACUGUAUGCAAGUCACACAGAAAUUGUUAGUUCAGUUUUAAAAUUAAGAAUAAAAAAUUGAAACAAAAAAUAUUUUAUAAUUUUAUUUUCUACAAUUAUAAAAACUAAUGAUAUAUAGAAGUAAUGGUUGCUGUGUUUAGGAUUAUUACCAGACAUAAAUUAUGUUGUCAUAUACACAAUCUGUAUAAAUGCAAGUAAAUGUUUUUCAGACAAAGAUAUAGAUUUGCAUGGAGUGUAUAGUUCAUUUAUUAACCCUUCCGCUCCGAUCGUCUGCUCUAGACGGCAUCCGCGUGUUACCGCUGGAUCAUCAACCCCACGAUAUUCUUGUUUGUAGAUUCCUGCACAUCGAUGGCACUUGUCUCGAUCUCUUAACCAUGUAUAUUUAUUUUUAAUUGUUGAGAAUUUUAAUUUGACAUAUUAAAUAUGCUACAUUAUCUUUGUAUUGUUUAUGUAAAACAAAGAAGAGUACGGAGAAUGACAAGGAUGCACCGAAGGACGAGUGCCCAAUUUAUUUAUGCGCAAGAUGCACACUAUGGCACUGCCGUAGAGAAAGGGUUAAAUGAAAUUUAGUCAAAGUACCUACAUGACUUUAACUAAUUCGUCAUCAUUCAUUUCAUUUAACCCUCACUUUUAUCGAAUUAAAUUAAAAAAAUAUUACAAGAACUUUUAUGCACUUUUUAAGACGUGGUAAGAGGCGUAAAAUUAUUUAUGAUAACAUUGUAUGAUAAUUGAUGUAUAUUCAACGGAUACAGAGUAUUUGUAAAAACAAUAAUUCGUUAUGAAUUAUGAAUGUGUUGUUGUGUUUUGUUUGUCUUAAGUACUUAUUACAAUAUCUAUAUUAUACUUUACCUAAUAUUAUUACAUACAAUUCGCACCGCAAAUUAUUCCGACAUAACUCGAGGUAUUCAUUUUGUAAUUUAGGCACUUACUUGCGAAAAUACGUUUAAAUACCACCAAAAUAUAAUUAUAUUUGUUAUGCUGCGCCCAUAAAAUGACUAGUUCUAAAUGAUUGAACUACAAACUCGGAAAGCGGAUAAUUUUUACUUUUAAUGAAGAAAAAAAAGAUAAAAUAAAUGCAAACACAGUGGUGUGAUCUCGCAUCUCAAUGUGAAAAACGCCAAUUGGUAACUAAUCUAAGAACAAAAAAAUCGUACAUUUAUUGUAUUAUUAGUAGGUACAUUUGAUCAAUUUAUCAUUCUGUUUCUGUGUAAUUUUUUCAAUUUUCUUUAUCACCUCCUAAGAAAUGCUUUAUUUUGAACGAUUUUUAAGUUAGGUUAGGUUAAGUGACCCCAACAAACCGCACCACGGGCAUCUUCAACAAUCGGUCAAGGCAAUUUAGUAGAUAACCGGCACGUAACUUGGCAAGAGUCGCUAGAUGCGCAGAAGUCGUUUUUUAGGUCUCUGUGGUUGUCAAGCGGGACGCGGGGAAAGACGUAGCACCAUUCCGAGCGCGCGAUUGGUGAGUCAGUCGACCCUCCCCUCCCGCACCGCGUCCGCCAUCCGUUCGCUCCCGAUUAUACAUGCGCCUACUAAAGUUGUAGGAACCCUUUGUUUAUAUUGAGUUUUUGUUAAGGGUUGUUAUUAUUGUUUUAAAUUUAGUUUUUGUUACGAGUGUUAUUGUUUUAAGUUUGUUUGCAAUGCCAGGACCAAAUACCAAUGCCAUAUAGUCGAUUCAGUCACUGAGCGUUUUAUUAUUUACGCCGGUGACGACGGCGACUCUUCGUUAUGUCGACGAUGAGGAGCCAACUCCUUCCACCAGCUCAGGCGCUACCAUAAAUUUAAUCCAAGAGGUAGCACUAUUAAAAAAUGAUAGACGACGGCGACACAUAAUUUUUAAUAUUAAGUAUAUUUAUUUAAAUAAACUUCUUAACUUUUAA